UAACUGUUGUUUAAAGUUAUAUAUAGACAAUCGAUUGUAUUGUGAGAGUAUUAUUUAAACACCGAGCACUUUUUGGUUUAUGGUUGAUAGUUGAUGGUUACUAGUGGCUAGAUAGACGGUAAUUACGUUGAUGCAAACUCUAGAUUCGAUAGUUUCUCUCCAUACAUGAGCGAAAGUAAAGGUUUUAAUUGCUAUUGUAUGUGGUUUUGAAUUUCACUCUAUUACUGAUUGUAAAUACGAAUCCGAAUGGUUUCGAUUCUACAAUUAUUAUUGUUCGGUGCACUUCUAUCAAUUUCGGAGCAUGUUUAUUGCCUCGAUGAUUCGAUGAAUGCCCAGCUAAUUUCAUCGAUAGCACCUUUAUUGAAUUCCAUCGCUCAGUUAAGUGAUAAAAAUUCUAUUGACAAUAACGGAAGACGUUUUUUUGAGGACGGCGAAUUUGACUUGAAUGAUUAUGGAAUGCAGUUAUUUCCACAAUCUGCUGCGGAUGCUGAUGAUUUCAACAGCCAGUACAACGUCAAUAUUAACAAGAAUCUUAAUGGAAAUUUGCCGUGGACUCAACCGAAAAUGAAGAACAAGUUUUUGAAAAAGUCGCGGGAAGAUCGGUGGAGAGAUCGCAAGUUCAAGGAGUUGAAGCGGAAUCAAGAUUUGCGUGACAUGAUGCAAAAAAUUGUGCCUCGAAAUUUUGACCAAAGCGGAAGAAGAAAUGGGGCACGGAAAUGCCACGACAGCAGUGAAGAAGAAUUCCCUCCAGCAGAUGACUGUAACUGCAGCAUCGGGGGUAAACUUUUACGGCAGAUAAGAUUUUUGAAAUACCAGAUUGACGUCUUGGAGAAGGAGGUGCUCGAAAAUUACAAUACAGACGAAGAUACGUCUUGAUGUUGAGUUUAAAUAAAUCAAUACUUGGUACAAACUAAGAUAUACUUGUAACAAAAUAAAUAAAGGGAGCGAAAGAACCUAGACGUUCACGAAAAUCGACAAGGCUUUGCGAA